UGUGUUCAUUUUUAGUUAAUGAGAUCUAAUUAUGCAUAGACCCUUACUGUAAAUUGUAACAGUAUAACACUUAAACAUUGUUCUUGUUUUAUAAAUAUCACUGAAAAGAAAAGGAACAUUGAAAGAUAGAUUGAAUUAAUCGAUAACAAAUAUUUACACAUGUUAUCUGCUGGUUGCACAUCCGAGAUGUUGUUCUGCAGUUUGUAAUCAAUAAAUGAUCCUAUAAUGAUGUUUAUCAUCGCUAUUUCUGCUGCUCCUGGGGCAGCUGAUUGGUCUCUUCUCAGUUCUCUGAGGCCCAAGAGGAACGAGAGAGCAUUACACUCUCACCAACCUCCACUCGUUCAGUGCUGGUCCUCGCAUCGUCCUUCCUCCUCCUCAUCUCUCCCCCUCACCUUAACUCGAAACCAAAACAGAUGGUGGAGAACCAGCAGGACAUCUAUCAGAGCGCAGAACAUCAAUAGAAAGCAUCGAGACGGAGUCGAGCAUGGUCAAUUCAACGUCCGAGAGCAGCUAGAGAGAUCUGGCGUGUUUUCUUGUUUCGCCUUUCACAAAGGCUGCCGAGGGAGGAUCUGGGCUCUCCAACGAGAGGAGAAGAUGGCCGCCAUUAAGAUUUUAACCAGCGCGGGGCUUUUCUUGGCGUUUUGUGCACUGCUCUUGUUGGCCAUAGCCAUCUGCACCGAUUACUGGUACGAGACGGAUUCCCGGCGGCACCGCGAGCGCUGUAAGAACUACGCAAACAAGCGUAACGAUCCAGGAUACAUUUACAUCUCAAAUCACAACUUGCCUCUCCAGAUGCCUCCUCCAAAGGGCUACGAGAGGAAAGACUUGGGGCCGGUUGGGGAACCGUCGCCUCGCUUCAAGCGGCACGCUGUGGCUUCCGCGACGGCAAUGGAGUCUCACUGCAGCCGACAGUUUAACUCCACGAUCUCCGGUCUGUGGAGAAAGUGUCUCCGCGAGGGCUUUGACCUGGAGACCGAGGAUCUCAUUUACAAAGGGCUGAUUCACAGAUGUAGUCCAGUAAAGUACCAUUACACCUCUUCAAUCCUGCCGCAAAAUCUUCCUGUCAACAUCACCAAGACCAUCCGGCAAGAUGAAUGGCAUGCCCUCCAUCUGCGCAGGAUGACAGCAGGGUUUGUGGGCAUGGCUGUCUCUAUCAUCCUUUUUGGCUGGAUCGUUGGAUUUCUUGGAUGCUGCCAAGAACAUGAUCUCAUGCAAUAUGUAGCUGGACUACUCUUCCUCAUGGGUGGAACCUGCUGUAUUAUCUCCCUUUGUACGUGUGUGGCGGGCAUCAACUUCGAACUUUCCCGUUACCCCCGUUACCUGUACGGCCUUCCAGAGGACAUCAGUCAUGGGUAUGGCUGGUCCAUGUUCUGUGCCUGGGGCGGACUGGGUCUUACCCUGCUGGCUGGUUUCUUAUGCACGCUGGCCCCUUCCUUAAGCAGCCCCUUAGCCUGCACCACUGUCCACAAGUCCAGGCACGAAAAUGGAACUGUGUGAUCAAAGACUUCAGGAGCAACCUUGCAAAAUCAUCUAUUCAACAUAUAUCUAUGAAAGACAUCUUGCCAAUUCAUCAUCAUACAGUAUUAUGACUGGAUUGUAUCUCUUGCUCUUAAGUGGUUUUCAGGCCCUUAUUAUGUGAUCAGUCCACCAUUUUCAACACAACUCGUGUACACCAUUUAGUUAAAUGGUAUGAACGUUUACAGACACUGCUGUCCUGUGCUGCCCAGCAUGAACAGAGCAAAUAGAGACAAAGGAGUCACAUGCACAGUCCAUGUGUACUAAAUAUCUUUCACCCUCUCACAUGUCCCACUCUGGCCCCUGAUGGCAUUAAACCUAAUGAUAAUUUUCACUGGUCUCUCUCGCUCUCUCUCUCUCUCUCUCUCUCUCUAUCUGCUUCAAGACAGAGAGGCAAGCUAAAAGCGACUGUCUUCUCUUCAAGAAGAUUCCUACUAAAAUGGUGCUCUCUUUUCACAAUCUCACAACGGCACAGAAUAAUUUCAAAAGACAUCAGGAGGACAAACAAAUCCAUGACAAAAUCAGUUUUUCUUUCUGCUGACUGAUGGUAUAAAAUCUUCAUUGGUGGACUGCAAUGAAUGAAGGAAGUGGGAAGCAAUGAAAAAGAGUGAUACAAGUAUUUCUGUCACUAAAGCUUUGAGAAGCAAAUUUCCCAAGGUCUCAAAGAGUCUGUAGGAGUAAGCAAAUAUGUUGUUUUGUUUAGAUUUCAGGUUUACAUUCGAAAUGAAAUUACGCAUGGUUACAAAGUAAGCCUUUUCACUCUUUGUUAUGAUUGUAACGAUUAAUGACCUGGCUUGGUCUAAGGUACAGUAGCUGUUCAAAGGAAUUUGACCAAAUGUAUUACUCAAUGGCAUGUGAAUUAUUUACAUAAUUCGUUUCAAAAUGUUUGUGGAAGUUAUUUCUGAACAUCAUCUCUCAUGAAGCCUUAUUGCAGUUGUAGCACCACAUGAUGAAAUCAACAGUUCAGGAGCUUAGCACCUUGAUACCACAGCUGAAUGUUGUUGAAUUCACCUUUUUCCUGAACACAGAAGCGUUCCACAAUUCAUAACAGAAGCCUGUUUUUGUUUUCCGGUCUUCAGUGUUUUCACUCGUAUUGGCAAAUGUUUUUAGAGGACAAUGUUAUACUUACCGUAUUCAAUUUGUAAAAACUGCUAAAUAAAAACGUGGAUCUAUAGUGCCAAUACUUCACAGAGUUGCGGUGACUGUCUUUUGACAGUACCUCACUCACCACAUCAUUGAAAGGUUUUGGUAGUUCACCCAAAAAUGUUUAUUCUCUCACUAUUUACUCCCCCCUAUGCCAUCCCAGAUGUGUUUGACGUGUUAUUUCUUCAGCAGAACACAAAAAAAGAUGUUUAGAAUAAUAUAUCAGUUCUGUAGGUCCAUCAGGAAUGUGAAAGUGGAGAUUUAUAGUAAAAAAAAGGAUAAAAAGACUUAAAUAUGGAUCUGUUUCUCACUCACACUUAUCAUAUUGCUUUUGAAAAUGUACAUUUAACCACUGGAGACUUAUGGAUUACCUUUAUGUUGCCUUUAUGUGCUUUCUGAAGCUCCAAAGUUCAGAUCGCAUUUUUCCAUUUGCAUUGUAUGGACCUACAGAGCUGAAAUAUAUAAAAAAAGAAAUCUUUGCUUGUGUUCUGCUGAAGAAAGAAAUUCAUACACAUCUGGGAUGGUAUUUUCAUUUUUGGGUGAACUACCCCUUUAACUACUUCGAAUUGAAAUGACUGCAAACAACUUCACAAGUUGUGCCUGAACAUAUUUUUACUCAAACUGAGAAAAAAUUAUCUUUUUGAUUGUUUGUUUCAGUAGUUAUUUCUUCUUGUGGAGACCGGAACCAGAAAACAGUCCAGCGGCAAUCAGAAUCAUCAUGGCAGCACCCAGUAGUUGCUCAGGAAAACUGUGGUUCCCUCUCGAGAGG